UGUCGACGCACAAAUAACGUGACGGAGUCCUGUACUUUUACAAUAACAAUUCGAUUGAAAGAAGAGGUCUGCUCAUUAAAAACCGAGAAGCAUUGGUGAUGCAGUCUGUGGCAGAGGGUCUGGAAUCUCUGGGGGUCGGGGACAAGAAGGAAACGGAGUCAGCGAGGGAGGGGAAGGUGGAAGUAGACAAAGAACGAGACGAACCGGUGGAAGAGGAAACCGAAACAAAUGAGGAGACAGAGAACGAUGGAGAGAGAAAAGUCAGUGACAAGGAAGAAGCGACAGAGGACGGGUAUGAUCAAGAAAUGAAGGAUGAUGGAAAGCAGGAAAGUGUAAAUACAGAACAGGAAGAGGAGGAAUGGGAGGUGCCAUGCAGUGAUGAGGAAAUAGAGGAUCCCAAGAACUGGACGCCUCCGCCUUUGGAAGUCAAGCGCCUGUACGAGAUCCUAGCCAAGGGGGAUGGUCUGGAGCUGAACUGGAUCCCCCUGCCGCGGCGUCCUCUCACCCCACAGUACACGCCCUCACCUGAGAGAGAUGCCGGUGACUCUGAGGAGGAGCGAGAGAAGGAGGAGCGCCAGCGCAAGAUCCCCAGUCCCACAGAAUUUGACUUUGAUGAUGAGCCUUCACUCACCACGCCCAAGAACACCUACAUCAACCGACGCCGACUGCCAGGCUCCUCAGGCCGUUCUACCGUGCGCCGGGAGGCCCGGCUGGACAAGGUGCUGUCCGACAUGAAGAGGCACCGCAAGAUGGAGGAGCACAUUCUGCGCACAGGCCGUGACCUCUUCAGGACCGAGAGGGGCCGGCCAGGGGAUGCAGGGGGGCGCCUGUCCCCAAACUCACAGAAGGAGAGAGAAAAGGAGAGGGAGCGUGACAGCGACCCCAGCGCCAUUUUCUCCCCCAGACAGAGGCGCUACUGAGCAGGCAGCUGCUUGGGUCACCGGCCCUUUGUUUGGGAAGCAGGGGGCAGGGCAGACGGGGCUGUUAAUGGACAGACCAGAAGGUGCCAGACAGCAGGCUCCUCCACUCAUCACCAGAAAGCAUUGCCCGGCCAACGUACGUUUCUGGGAUUCAUUUUCAGUUCUGCACACUGAUCCCUUGGGGGAGAGGAUUCCAACCCACACAACUGAUUUUGUAAAUAAUACUUUUAUACAAUGCGUCUCCUUUGUCUUUCUAAUAAACUUGUUUAUAAUAAUCUUA